AUGGAGGCACCCAUAGCGCCAUGGAUUAAAACUGCAACAUUAAGUAUUUUUUUAUUUGAAGGAUUAUUUCUCGUUGAUGAAAGAUAACCGCCAUAUGUUUCGAAAGCGAUGAUUACUGACGUUUCUAAACGUUAACCACAGCGUAGGGGAUUCGAGUUCAUAUGAGGCAGUCGUGGGCGAAGCUAUGGCUGUGAACUGUAUGGAGAAUGCAGAAUGCCGCCUAGUUUGAGAAAGCUAAAGCACGGCUAGCUAGUUAGUGUUUAACGUUAGUUGCGCUCUACUGUUAGCUGACGACGCUAGCCAGUUAACGUUAACUCGCCCUUCAACUGGUCUUCCUGGCUUUAUUGACCCUCCGUUUAGACAUCGAAUGAUACCAUGUGUUGUAGCUAAUGUCGGUUAUCUUAACACAAAAUAAAGAAUGGCGUUGCUUUUCCUAGAAGGUUAGAGUAUUUUAGCUAACCUUUUCCUAAACUGCUGCCUAAAUUAACCCUUAAAGGAGCUCCAUGGGCAAUCAGAUGUCUGCAUUGGCCGUGCAGCAUUUACGGUGAUACAGCCUCAGGAGUCAGGGCAUUCAUACUUCUUGCGCAGAUGUGUCAAGGAAGUGCGUUUGUGUUUAUACAGGACCUCCCGCCUUCACCUACCGUCGUCAAUCAUGUUAAUGCGUAGCUAUAUGGAGCCGUCCAUAUUGUUACAACAUUUGAGAGGCUAAUGGCGAUGCGGUACUGAGUUCAUUUUCGCCUCUACUGUAACGUUACAUGCCUCUGUAGGAUCCGCUACUGAGUCACACCAUCCAUAUGACACCACUGACCACAUUUCGGAUCAAGCAUACAUUGUCUCUUAAAUGCACUGCAUGUUCAAUCCGAGGUCUGCAUUGGCCUUGUAGCAUUUACAUGAUAUUGCCUCUGCAGAAGUCCGGAAGUGCAUUCAUAUUUCUGCUUCGCAGAGCUAUAUAGGAGGUCCUGUAAAACAAACUAACUUCAUUGACAAUUUAUUUUACAACUACUCUGCUCGGCGCAGCGGAAGAAGUAUGAAUGCCCUAACUUCUGCAGAGGCUGAUAUCAGCUGUACGGCCAAUGCUGAUGGCAGUUGACCAUGGGGCGCCUUUAACCUGCUACGAAAAAGUUAUGUUUGGUUUUAACUGUACCCACUCUUGUCAGAACCGUGUUUUUCUCCAGAAUUUGAGCAUCAACGAGCGAAGCGAUCCAAUGAAAGCGCUUCGAGUGGCAGAAGGCGUGUGCUAGGCCUUUUGCGGAAUUUAUUUAUAAACUAUAUAUAUUUCCCAAAGGUAUAAACCACUCCAGUUUUCUAUUCUAAUAAAGGCCAUGUUAUUUUCUGCGAAAGUUAUGUAUAGGCUUUUUCUAUCUGCAAUUAAUUAGUGCAACAAACCAAAGUCAUUUUGGAAAGUUACCAUUGUAAUCUAUGCUAUUUUAAGGCGUUUGUAUGGAGAAUUUAACAACAUGUGGGGUUGGAUUGAUUAUUACAGUGAGUUAACCGUUAUUCCAGCCUUGCAAUGAUUCUGCUCAACCACGGGCCCUUUAAAAAGGAUGGAGGAUGAGGGAAAUAGGCGGAGCAUACAUGCUCAACGUGUUGCUGUUGGCGCUGCAGUAUUGAGCUCUACUCUGCAGUGCUAUCACAGUCUACAGUAACACCGCAAUAUGAAGUCUGCCGAAAUCACCCGCUCUCCAUCAACACUCCGGGCAGUCUUUGUGACAGGUAUGAUUAUGGGUGCCUAAUAAGCAUGGGGACCCAACAUAGGAGGACGGAUGCCAGCUGAGCCCCUCAACUCACCAGACCAUCGCUGUUGUCAAUAUCCCAGAAUUAUUAGCUAGGUCCCUGAGAAGGCCUUCUUGCAAACCCUUGGAGCCAUGGAACACAAAAUACAACAGAGGGACAAAAACAGGCCCAGCUACUUUGGCAACGUCAAGACCAGGAACACAAACAGUCAUGGGCAUUACGUGGGCAAGAGGAGUACAGGUGCUUGCCAGAAACGACUGGGGUCCAAGCUCCCUGUUGGGGACACCCAGUCCCGCAGGUUCAUUUCCGGACCCUUGGAGACAGGGCCUCAGACCGACCCAACCAAGGAGGCCAGGGCCAGCGGUCAGGGCCACCGUGCCGUGGGGGCGUCCCCUUGACCACGUCCCCCACAUCCGGAACCCCCGACUGCGACAGUAUUACCUCCAAGAGCCUAGAUGGGGAACGGAGGGAACCAUGGCCAAGUCCAUGGGCAGAGAUCACCUGUCAGAUGACAAGGUAGACACUAUGGCUCACCAUGAAGACACGGUGUUCAGUGUCACCUCCAAGUGCAGUAGCCUGGCAGAUCAGACUAAGCUGAACAGGCAACUCUCCAUCUCUUCCUCCCUCAUCUCCCGGCAGAACCUCUGCGUUCCCAAGAGUAAAGGCUCUGGCCAAGGCUCAUCUCCCGCAGUGAUGCACCUUGACCCCAACCUCAGGCUGGAGCCAGAGUUGGCCACUAACCCAGGGCUUGGACUUUUUCCGGCCCCAUCUGCCAGCCCUCACUCCCCGUCACCAGAUGCAGAGUAUGACAAACUACUGGAUGUGGAGGCGGUGCCAAUGCCUGACGGACAGCUCUGCCUACUGGCCCUCCCUCCCGAGUGCUCCCAAAGGGAAGGGCAAGCCGCCAUGCCAUAUCUCAAAUUGUUCUGCCGCUACAUCACUGACCGCAAGGGUGUGGUUUCUGGUAUCUUGCUAGUGACGUCCAAUAAGAUCUUCUUUGACCCGUGUAAGACCCACCCGUUGGUGAUGGAGCACGGCUGUGAGGAGUACCUGCUGUCCUGCUCAGUGGACAGCCUGGACUCUGUCUCGUUCUACUCGGACAUUUCCCACGUGCACUUCAACACCUCCACACACAGGUGGAAAGGAACUAAAAAUACCCAGAAAACUGUCUCCAAAACUGGCAAGACGCUCCAGCAGGGUGGGAGGCGAAGCAGCCGUAGCCCACAGCACAACAGGGAGACUGUCCCAGUGCUGGUCUCUGCUGCUACGUCGGAGCUGAGUUCUUCCCUGGCUCUCAGCCUAGUGCAAGGGUUCGCUGAGGAGGAGAGUAGCAGUGACAUGACUCAGGCAGAGAAGCAGCUGGAGGGGAAGGGAAGCCCACUGGAAGAGCUGGUUGUGCAGUCAUCCGGGGCUGAGCUGAGCAGUGCUGCCACCUUUUGUUGUGGAGGACAAGUAGCAGCAGGGACGAGAAAUCUAGUGAGAAUGGAGCAUGUGGACAGAGAGGAGACUGAGAAGGAGCAGUCUGUGAGGAAUCAGACGUCAGGCCUCCCUAGACCUUCAGGGACUUUUGGGUGUCUCAUGUUUGUCAGGCUGCGGCUCCAGGGGUCCACUGGGAAGAAGGGUGUGGCUGCAGGCUUGCAGCUGGGGACAACAAAAACCUUACCCCGGAGGGAUGCCUGGUUUGCCUUUUCUCAGGAGAGCUCAGAUGAGCUCUAUGCCUAUCUGAGCCACUGGAGGCCUGACCUAUGCGUACUGGAGGGAGGGUCGGAGGAGGGGGAGGGCGACAAAGACGAGUUUGUACUGGUUGACAACGGGGAGGAGGAGGAAGAAGUGUCCAAGAACCACGGACGGACUGGGGAGGACUGGGAGAUGGUGUCAGUGGAGGAUGGUGGCGGGAGACUACCUCUGGUCAUGGACAAAGAUCCAGAGGGACUGUGUGAGAUCGUGGAGCAGAGUCGCAUCUUGGACGCAACGCUUGUCAGAGAGCUCUCAGCCGAGUUGCCUCCCAGGACAGUGGGCCACAUGUGGCAUCUGGCCUACAGCACUUCUCUUCACGGCUCCAGCCUCAAGUCCCUCUACCGGAAGCUGAACGGCAGUGACUCGCCUGUACUCAUGGUCAUCAAGGACUCGCUCAAUCAGGUGUUUGGGAGCUUUCUCUCUCACCCACUGAGGCCGAGCGAGACCUUCUAUGGCACAGGAGAGACAUUCCUCUUCAUGCUGCAUCCUCGAUUCAAGUGUUUCAGAUGGACAAGCGAGAACUCCUUCUUCAUAAAGGGAGACCUGGACUCUUUCGCUAUCGGAGGAGGAAGUGGUCACUUUGGCCUGUGGCUGGAUGAGACGCUGUACCUGGGCAGGAGUAGCCCCUGUUACACCUUCAACAACUGCUGCCUCUCAGAAAGAGACGACUUCCACGUUAUAGAGCUGGAGGUGUGGACAUUCUGGUGAAGGCCUGCCCUCUUCAACUUGCUUAGCAACACCCACUCAUGAUGUCUGGCUGUCCAAUGACUGCUUUAAACAAGACUCUAGAACAAUGAGUUGGAUGUACCUCACUAUUUUGACUUAAUUCUGUGGUUUUGGGCUGCGAACUGAACUGUGAUUAUUCUGAACCCUAUCUCUGAAUGUGGACCAAACCACUAGGUGGAGGGGGGUGUUGGUGGUUUGGGGCUGAGGUUGUAGCUUCACUGUAUUGGAAGACCCCCCCCACUCUUUCGCAGGUUGGUAUGGUCCUCACGGUCAUCUGACUCUGCCUUGUGGAUACUGUAGUUCAGUGGUGGAAUUCACAUCUUCUAGCAAUGGAUCUCCAUCUGAAGGCCUACCUGCAUGUGUAAGCCUGCAUUUCCGCCCCAGCACAAUUGGCACUUAAUUCUGGCACCAUUUUUUUUUACACAUCUUUUUGCUGCCUGUGAAUCGCUAACCUGAAGGUGGCUGUCUCUUUUUGUAAAAUGGAGGAACUGAAAUUCGAAGAACUAGGGGCUCACUAUGCCCCUUUUUGCAUAUAGACCAAAUUAUAUGAACUGAUGUACACAUUUAGUCAAAGUGAACAAAAAAAGGACUUGGGGGAACAUGGUCUAACCUAAAUAUUUAUAGAAAUGUUUUAUGUUACCCAAACAAACAAUACAUGAAAGUUGCUGUCACUGAUCAGAAGUUAGAUCUAUGUUCCCACAAUAUAACAAGUAGACAAAAAAAAUGUGACUAAUGUUAUUAUAACAUGUCUUUACCUGAUACUUUUUGAGAAACAUCGAUUUCAUCCAGUGGUCAUUGCAAGCUUAUGGGACUGAAAAUAACAAUCAAGACUCAAUCUAUUUUUAUUUUUUUUGCACAAAAUUAGGCACAAAUAGUCAAAGGUUAUUUCAAGGGGAUGACUACCUCUGCAAUGCUAACAUGUGCCUACAUUGCAGUGCUUAAAAGGAAAGAUUCAACCAUUUUGAAUGUUUUAUCGUAUUUGUGCAUCUCUGUGCGAUGUUCUAUCAAUUCCUAGGGUCCUUUCAUGUUUAUCUGAGCUAUUUGCUGUUCAAGCAGGCAAAAAAAAUACAGCCUGCUUGAACAGCGAAUAGCUCAGAUGCACAUGAAAGGACCCUAGGAAUUGAUAGAACAGUGAUGCACAUAUGAUAUCACAUUCAAAAUGGGUGAAUCUUUCCUUUUAGAGGAUGGAGAAAUUACAUUUAGUUAAGAUAUUACCUGUUUCAAGUGUCAAUGUACACGUGGUAGAACCCGAAGAAUAUCACUAAGUCCAUUUCAUCUCGCUCUUAAUAACUGUUGAUUGUGUUAGAUAAUAUUUGGUGUAGUCACACUUUAAAUUCUGAUCUCAUGGGUAAGGUGUUAAUUAACCUGUAGUUCCAUAACAUGAGAUCUACAUCAAUGUUUUUGCUUCAUAGGAAAGCAAUUACAUUACAAUUGUGCCAGCAUCCAACUUUUUGUGUUUCCAUGACAGCUGUUGGUGACCUCGGGAACAGAGCAGGGGUGUUGCCUGCAGAGGUUUUAGCAAUGGCAUCAGGCCUUGGCCAGCCAACUUUGGACUUUCAGGCAGGCCCUCAAACUGCUAAAACUCCAGAGGGAACGACUUUACCUGCUCUGCCACUCCAACAAUGACUGACAAAGUAUUACAGAAAUCGAUGGUUCUUUACAUAUUGCAAAACAGUGCUUAUUAAGAAACCACUAAUUAGUACAAUGCAUUAUGGUGUGUCUGCUUGUUUUGGUGUGGAACUGUUUUAAGUGAGUAAAACAAAUUUGAACUCACAACAAUUAAAUAUGAAUUGGUCAAUAGUAUCAAAGACCAAAGCGACGUUUUAAAAGCUGGCUACUUUUCAGACUGAUGAGAAGUAUGUCUACUUGAACGUCUAGCUAUUGAGUUUAGUUAUAGAAAAAAACAUGUCUAAAGCGUAUGUCUUCAGAAGGGCUCAACUGGUAUAGCUGCCACGGUCAUUUGAAGAGGUUCUUGUAAUACUGAUCAUGUUGGAUGCUAAUGAAACAACCUGAAAAGUUGCCAGCGCCGAAGGAAUCGGAUCCCUACACAAAGUUAGACGUUUAGCGUUUCGUUUGAUCAUUAUCCUUCAGGAUAAUCAGCCUUUACUGUGCUAGGUAUUCCUUAGCUUUCUCCAGCCCCUUUGAGAAAAUUGCUGUACGUCGCAGUGGAGGGGUCCUCUAACCCCCCCACCAGAGAAGCUAAAUGUGGCUUCUUCCUCAGGCUUCAUGGACGUCUCGUCCAGGAAGUAAUUAGCAUCGAUGUGGUGGACCUAGAGUCAUUAGGGGGAAAUUAAUUCAUUUUCACACAACCUUAUUUUUUUUUUUUUUUUACUUGGGUCUGGCACAGGAUCCAAUUACAUUCCCUUAAAGUGAUGGUUCAGUUUUAUUUUGAAGCUUAUUUUCUACUUCCCUAGGCUGUUGUCGUUUCCUCCAAACCAGUUACAUUUGUUAAGUAUCCAAAUCAGUUUAUUGGUCGCACAUACAGAUUUGCAGGCAGGGUUGGGUAGGUCACUUUCUAAUUGUAAACCGUUAGUCAAAUUUAAUCUGAUUCCUUUGUUACAUUUAGAUUAAUUUACCUUUGAGGCAUUACACAAAUUAAUUACAAAUUGAAUGACAUCUACUGAUUUAUCUAGGAUAAAUCCAUGUUAGUUUACAUAGCUGGUUAUAAAUGGAUGUUGCAUUGCACUUUGGGUUGGUUUUGUAAGCUUCUUCUAUCCCAUUGCUUUCUACUACAGAUAAUAAUACAAUUUACAUUAUCUUUACAUUAAAAACCAACGUCUGUCA